CGAAAGCAGGAAAAGGCUGAAAGAUGGCAAUGAGCAAAAGUUUUCGUGUUUUUCACAAAUUAGAGCCCCCUUAUAGCGUCCUUUUGGACUGCAGGGACAAGAAAGAGAGCUUAAUGUUCGAGUCGAAUGCUGUGGCAGUCCUCUCUAAUCAUGAAGCAGAUAGCCUCCGCAAGAAACAGUACAUCAAGCUGCUCGAUGCUUAUGGAUGCCUUGGAGUGCUAAUUCUAAAUGUUGGUGAUGAGUUCAUCCUGUAUCUGGUCAUGGUGACGGGAUGUAUAUCGGUCGGGAAAAUAGGUGAAUCAGAAAUAUUCCGAGUAACGUCGACAAGUUUCGUGUCACUUCGUAACCAGCCCAGUGAUGAGGAACGCGUUGCUGAGGUCCGACGUUUGCUGAAUUCUGGGACGUUUUACUUCUCGUGGUCGGCGACGGGUGUGCCGAUUGAUCUGAGUCUGUGCGCUCAGCGGCGGAUGAAGGACCAUGAGACGGAUAACAGGUUCUUCUGGAAUCGUGCCCUUCAUCUCCACCUUCAAAGAUUCAGUGUAAACACAGGCGAAUGGCUGCUGAAGACCAUGUGUGGCGGCAUCGAGAUCAGGACAAUAUAUGCUGCAGACAAACGUGGCAAGGCAUGCCUGAUAUCCAGGUUGAGCUGUGAGCGUGCUGGGACGAGGUUUAACGUCAGGGGGACUAACGAUGACGGUCAUGUGGCUAAUUUUGUUGAGACAGAACAGGCCAUCUUCAUAGACAACAGUAUUGCCUCCUAUCUUCAGACCAGAGGUUCUGUACCGCUAUUCUGGGAACAACCAGGAAUACAGGUUGGUUCACACAAAGUGAAGAUGUCUCGUGGCCAUGAAGCGUCUGCACCAGCCUUCGACAAACAUCUGACCACACAGAGGAAGCAAUACGGGGAGCAAGUGAUAGUCAAUCUCCUUGGAAGUAAGGAGGGAGAGCGCAUGCUCAGUCAGAUAUUCCAAAGCCACCAUAAAGCAUCGAGCCAUAAACAGGACAUUCCCCACAUUGCGUUCGACUACCACACCGAGAUGAAAGCCAACCCUAAAAACAUCUACAAUCUGAAGAACAAAGUCAAGAAACAACUCAAAGAGUUCGACAUAUUCUAUGCAAAGGGUGACAAGGUGACGCGACAGCAGACGGGGACGAUACGGACCAACUGCUUAGAUUGUUUGGAUCGGACGAAUGCAGUGCAAACUCUAUAUGGCUUAGAGGUUCUGGUACAACAGCUCGAGUCCCUCGGCCUUGCUGACAAACCACAGAUGAUGUCACGUUUCGUUGAGGUGUUCAAACAGAUGUGGGGCUUGAAUGGAGACCAUGUCAGCAGGAUUUAUGCAGGAACGGGAGCUCUGGGAGGCGGGCGCUCAAAGGCUCUUGUUCAAAAGUACACAGACGCGGCCCGCUCGGCAACCCGGACAAUCCAGAACAACUUUCUUGACAGCAGUAAACAGGAAGCUAUUGAUAUCCUGUUGCUGGGCAACGCGUUACGCAGUGAGCUCUCAGAUCGCGCAAGGUCAUUACUUUCAAACAGAAGUUUACACGCAUCUCCGAUGGUCCUGCGAGACAUGGUUCUACGGCACCGAGAGUACACAGACACAACCCAUCUCCGCGUCUUCGCCGGCACCUGGAACGUCAAUGGCGGAAAGCAUUUCCGGAGCGUUGCAUUUAAACACGAGUCGAUAGAGGAUUGGCUGCUAGAUUUACCGAAAAUUACAAAGGAAAAGGAUCCAGACAUGUUGAUAGAAAAAAACGCAGAUUAUGAGAAGCCUGUGGAUAUAUUUUCCAUAGGAUUUGAAGAGAUAGUCGAUCUGAAUGCGGGUAAUAUUGUUAAUGCAAGUUCUGCAAAUGUGAAAGAAUGGUCAACAUUCCUCCAGAAAACGAUUUCUCGCGAACACAAAUAUGUUCUUCUGACGUCUGCUCAACUUGUUGGUGUCUGUCUGUAUAUAUUCAUUCGGCCUCACCUCGCACCAUACAUCAGGGACGUUGCUGUGGACUCGGUUAAAACCGGUAUGGGUGGCGCCGCCGGUAACAAGGGUGGCGUGGCGAUACGUUUCCUCAUCCACAACUCAAGCUUCUGUUUCGUCUGUUCACAUUUCGCGGCAGGACAGUCGCAAGUGGCGGAGAGGAAUAGCGAUUUUACGGACAUCUUUAAGCGGAUUUCAUUUCCUAUGGGUGUUUCAAGUAGUCGAGCAGGCAGGACAAUCGACUCGCACGAAUAUGUCUUCUGGAUGGGCGACUUCAACUACCGCAUCGACCUACCAAAUGAGGAGGUCAAACAGCUGAUAGUGGAUGAGAAUUGGAGCGCGUUACAGUCAUGUGAUCAGCUGAAUAAACAACGGGAAGAAGGAAAGACAUUCAACGGUUUCUGGGAGGGCAACACAGACUUUCCUCCAACGUACAAGUAUGAUCUGUUCUGUAAUGAUUAUGAUACGAGUGAGAAAAUGCGGACACCCGCCUGGACCGACAGGGUCCUCUGGAGAAGGCGAUGGUUACCCACUUGUAAAGCUGAGGGCGAGUGUGAGUGGGACACGGGCAAACUCCUCUUGUACAACCGCGCCGACUUUAAGACGUCAGAUCACCGGCCUGUCAUGGCGUUAUUUGACAUCGAGGUGUUACAAGUCAAAGAUAAAGACCGGGACGAGAUAUUACAAGAAGUGAUCGAACAGCAGGGACCGCAGGAUGGUACCAUUGUUAUCACGUCAGCAGAGAUGGGCGAAUUCAGCGACGCGGUGAUUGAUAAUGUUCUGGAGACGAUCGGCCAGAUCGGUGAUAUAGUUUUAGUCAGGUUUAUUAGUGAUGAUAUGCUAAUCACGUUGCGAAGUGGGAAAGAUGCUUUGGAAUGUCUCAAAUUUGAUAGACAAGAGAUUGGUGGUGAAAAAGUCCGGGUGAGGUUACGGACAAUAGACUGGAAGAGACAAAUUGAAAAAGAGAUUAACUUGACGGGACUUGAGUCGGAGGGCUUGUACAAUCCGUUCACUAACUCGUUACUUGGUGAAGACUUUGAAGAGGCAUCUUUGAAUUAUGACAUGGAAGGAGACGACUUAGAUGAGGAACACAUGGAACCAGACAGUGAUGAAGACAUCACAGGCUUCGGCCUCGAACUGCCGCCAUUUGAUAUGCCGUCUGGUCUGCAUACCCCAGGGGAUGGAUCACCAACCGAGGAGGAUCUCGAGCCUAUCAAGAAAACUCCACCAUCGCGGCCCUCUGCACCUCCGCCACGACCGUCUGAUGGACCUAAACCGGCGUCUGGACCAGUGGCUCCUCCACGGCCCUCAAGACCUCCACCACCAAAGAGGCCUCCACCUCCCUCGAGGCCGGCCAAUCCCCCUGCUAAACCGACGACCCCGGACUCGCCAAGCCGUAGCCGACCCAUCAAGCCUGCACCACCGGCUGCUGCAGUGGCAUCCUAUCCGCCUGUGGCCGUUGCACCAAAACGACCAUCAACACAGCCGCCUAGCAUACGACCAAAUUCCAUGAUAAGUCGGCCGAUGAAUGUGCAGCACCAGGGCUGUAAGGAUGUCGGGGAAGCUGAGAAGUUGAUAGAAAAGUUAAUGAGUGGGAAUAGUGUUGACCAGCAUGAGCUGCCUGCUCCUUUACUACCAGCAGAAGGUGCCAAGGCAUCACCAAUUGAAGAAAAGGAACCAGACAUUCCUAAAAAAGUUACACCGGAGGAAGAGUCAGUCUCCCUAAGGAAGAAAAUUGACGAUGCAGGCCCCGCACCGCCGCCUCGGCCAUCUGUACUCGAAACGUCUGCACCAGGAGGUCCUCCGGUCCCUGCACCUCGUGCAAGCAUGAUCGCCCCUAGUCAGCCAGCACCAGCACUGCCAGCCCGUGGUCCGCCACCACCCGUGCCUGUCCCACGGUCAAGGGAUGGGCCACCCCAAAUACCCACUGGUCCUCUACCGGUGGUGCCGCCAAGACGGAAGGGAAACCGGCCGCCAGGUCCACCACCUGCUCUACCAAACCGACCAGAUGUUAAAUCGGAAUCUCCUGCAAACCUAGGUAGCCCUGGUACUCCGCCUAGUCCAGCCGAUCAGCCGACUCCACCAAAACCAUCUCCGAGAAAUUCUGUACAGAAUUCGCCUGACUCUGACGUGCCACUGCCCCCUGUUCCCUCGAGACCCAAUGUGGAGGUGAACGGUUCAGAGCCGAGUCAACCUCCCCCUGCAUUGCCUCAAUAAAUUUCCACACUCAGGGCACCCGUAGAAUCACCAAAUGCUCACAGUAGUUCACUUAAGAAACCCCUUGGAGCACUCCAUUGCAUUGCCAAACAGUCAAAUAUGCAUUGUUCAUUAGAGCUUGUACUCUUGCCACAAUCUCGCCAUCUCAGGAUAAAAAAGUUCUUCUGGCAUUUUCUCCUAAUUUAAAUGAACAAAAAGCAAAGAUGAAGACAUUGUCAGGGGCAUUUUAAAUUUCCUAACUGUACUUGCUACGAACUAUAGUCUUAGUUCUUUCAGAUCAUCAAGCCAACAGGGGACUAAGUAAAUGGGAAGGCACUUGAACUGAUUUAGUCGGUAUAAUAAUAGUUUCUGCAAGUCAUGUACCUAAACAGUAGAAUCUCUACUAAGAACCAUCUCGGGACUAACGAGUGCUGUCCUUAUUAGAGAGGUCAAAAUUAAUGGAUACAACUAAUUUGGAACCAAAACUAUUGUCCUUAAUAGAGAGGUUGUCCUAAAUAGAGAGGUGUCCGAUAAGGGAUGUUCGACUGUAAUCUGUUUUGGUAAGGUAAGCUGGUACAAAUAUAGUCCCAGUGCAGUCGUAACUUAUGUGUGCAUUGAUAUGUACUGCCAGCUGUUUUUUACACUUAAGUGACUGUAUUUAGUGUACCACUUAGCCAUACAUUCAGAUGUUUAAAAGUUGCCUAGAAUUAUUGCUGAAAGCUGAAGACUAUGAAUAAUGUAAUUAGAUUGAAAAAUGUGAUUUGCAUAAUACUGUGAUGACGCUAAUUACUAAUGAGUGGGUUGAAGGGUGUCUGUCCAAAGGCCUAUACAUGUAUUACGUGUAAUAGGCCUAUGUUAAACAGACGCACCAAAAUCGGCUCAGUAUCGUCUGCAGAAUAUUCUCAGAACAGUUGUUGCUGUAUAUGUGUCAGUUAUUGAUGUACAUGUCAUGAAUUGUGUGUUGUAACUUUUGUGGCAAAAGCAGCUGUAUAGAAUUCAUAUGCGUACCUUAAUCAUGUACUUAUGGUUGUUAAGAAUUGAAAAAUCUCAAAAUGAAAAAGAAGAGUGUAAUUUGAAAAGGGAAGGAGGCGUGCUAGAAUAAAGUGAGGAAUGUGUCAGGAUUGUUUAGGGGUCAUACUGCGUGCGCAUCUGCGGGGAUCAAGAAUUUGGGCAGAGAUUUGCUUAUGCUGUACAUGUUCCUGUACCUGUUUUUGGCGUACAGGAGUGGGGUCAUGAAAGUCGGGAAAGUUGGGAAAAUGUACAUUUUCCUGUACCUGUUUUUGGCGUACAGGAGUGGGGUCAUGGAAGUCGGGAAAGUUGGGAAAAUGUGCGUACAUACUUAAGUAAGGCCCCUAGUACAUGUGGUGAUCAGAACUGUUGUUUUAGAAUAUCAAAAUCCUUUUAUUCUCAUUUCUCCUUCCCUUUAAAAUGUUUACACUAGUUGUACUUGAAUUGUAUGUUAAGUUUGAAUUGUAUGCUAGUUGGCAGCAGUACUUAUGCAACACAUGUUCUCGAUAUAGCAGGGUUUCUCAGAGGCUAACCUUAAAUUAGAUAAUUCUAUAAAGAUGUCAAGAACAACUACUGCAUUGGAUGAUCUAGAUAAAAUUCUUAUACUAAGUGUCAAAAUAAACAUGAUACACUUGUGUGGACAGAUGUGGCUUUGGGUUAGUUCCUAGUUGGGAGACUUUUGAUAAAUUGGUCCUAGGGGGGGGGGGGGGCAAAUCAACAGGUUCCAGUAAAAAACUUUUGUUGCAGUUUUUAGUUUUUUCACAGAUUGAUUGGACUGCAAUGCAUGAUGCGUCACAUGGUUUCUUUCCACUGGAGUGUAUCAUGAAAUAACUUCCAUCGCAGCGAAUGGAGUUAAAUUUGUGGGGUUGGACAAUUUGAGGUUUUAUCAAUUCUCUGGCUUUGUUUAUGAACUACACAUAUGUAACUCUUGAGUGUUUGUGAUGUUCUAUGAGUUUGAGUGUGAUAUGUUCUUAGAUCUGUUAUAAUUUUCAAUAUGGUGCUUUAUUUUCGUUGUUGAAUAUACUUGCAGAACUUAACAUAAACGAUUGUCUAGAAAUGUUGUGCGAUUGCUUACACCAUCGCAAACGCCACUAUAUGUUCUUAACAAUAAAUUGGGGUGUUCCAAAUAUUUAGUGUGCCAAAUAACUUGUAGAGAUAAGUGUCUCUGAGAAGGAAAUCAGAUGUAGCUGCCGAUGAGGAUGGUCUAGAUGUAGUUUCCUCAAUGAUUGAAUGCGAAUUGCAGCUAAAGAGAACAGUGUAUUCCUAAAUUUUGUGUGCCGAUUUCAACGCCAGUCUAGAUGUGUUUUUCCUCAAUUGUUGAAUGCCGAUUGCAAAGAGGCCAGUCUAGAUAAAAAUUUAAACAACACCAAAGAUGCGAUUUCACAUAACUGCAAACUGCUGUGAAUAUUUUCUGGUUUACAGUAGUGAGUUGUCUAUUCUGGCAUCUUGAUGCUGAAGUCCCCUGACUAGUCAUCGGGUGCUUCGUUGUUAUUUGAUUGUAACAUUCCCAACAAAACUAUGUAUGAAUUUGGUUAAUUAGUACUGUUAAAAGACGAGUCGGGUGAGGGUUGGUUUCCAAUGAGUGUGAUUGCAAGAACGCAUACAACUUGGCUUUGUUACUUCAUCCUUCACUCCCCCCAAACCAAACCAACAAAAGCUUUUUCUUUGCAAUGCCAUGCGGUGAGAUUCAAGCAAAAUCGCGUUCAGUGGAAACCUACACUUAACCUGACUGUUAGUAAUAUCCUGUUAGCUAAGGGUGUCUUGAUCAUAAGACAUUGGGCCUAGUUAGAUAGCUUAUGAAAAGCAAUUAUUCAAACUACAUGUACUACACCUCUCUGAUUAUGUCAGGACCUAGGACAAUCUCGUAAGGUUCAUCACUGGGAAUUCUGUGAUGGAACCCAAAAGAGUGUUGCACUGUAAAAUGUUAGUUAUUUUCAUAAUGAGUAUACAUGUGUAUGUGAUAAUAGAUAAAUGUAUCGUUUAUGAAUGUGUACAGUAGAGUAUAUGAUAUAUCUAUGUUCCUAGGGUAGGCCUAGGUGAAUGCAACGAAAGUAUAAAAUAAAAUAAGUAUCUAU